GCCAUAUCCCGAUGGACUGGCGAUUGUGAUGGCACCUCUUCAGUUCGUAUCAAAACAUCGCUGCGAUAGGUGGAACGGGCAAGAUGACCGGGUCGAUAUUCAACUUUUUUCUGAUUCUGGCCUUUCUGGUAGCGUUUUCGUGGUGUGCGCCAUCUAGAUCAAAGAAAAAUAAUGGCCCAGAUCUGAUUUAUGACCAGAAACAGACUGGAGAUUACAAUGUGCAGCUGCACCUUAAGGAUUUCCAGAUCAUCGCCAUAUUGGGGGAUACCGAGGGAGCCUUAGGGGACUACGACUACAGCUAUGAUUAUUCGGAUUUCACCGUCAAACCGUCAGCUGGGUCUCCGUCUACGACCAUGAAAAUCUCAACACUGCCUUCCACGACAACAUCUACAACUGCAGCUAGUUCGGUGGUCAACACGCAAUCAACUUCAUCCCUUCCAACCAAAACAUACCACCAUUCGUCGACCGUUGAGAUAAUAUCUUCGCCCACCAUGAGGCCCAUCGAACAAACUCCUCAAGGCGGCCAGCAACAGUCCACCUUAGAUUCAGAAGACUUAACGAAAACCAACUCCACCAUCGACAAAUCCAGUUUCGCGAACGAUAUUUCGCCUGAUUCUAAUGACACUUCCGCUUCCUCAAUCGGCGUGUCUAUAUCCGAUUUUUUAUCCUUCAUAUCGUCUACGAUGAAACCAUCUUCCACCGAAGAACCGUUGUCCAUGACACCUGGUAAAAUCAAAGUACAAAUAUUGGCGUCUCCUGGAGAUUUAUCUACCUCACAUACCGGCUUGGUUCCUGGAGAAGGUACCGAAGAGGGGGAUGUCUUGAAACGGUGCGCCGCCGGUUAUUCAAGGGAUAAGAAAGGCAGGUGCAAGAGGGUGAGGCGGCCUGCAUAUUCUCCACAACUACCGUUUGGUUUUAGCCGUUUGGCCAGCAAUUUGGCCUCUAGGUUGAGGUUAUCGCCGUCCCAACUUUCGCUACCGUCGUCGAACGGCACAUAACAACACUAGUUUUGGAUUCAUUAUUUAUUAUUGUUCAUUAAAUAUUUAUCGCGUUGGGUAUUUGGACCAUUCCCAUCGUUAUUGCUCAUUUGCUCAAAAUUGUUAAUUUAAAUGAGGAGU